AGCUCCUGACGUAAUAUGGGAUUUAAGAAGCAGAGUGCGCGUAGUAAGAAUUGCAUGUUAGCCGGGACUUUCAGUCGGACUGUGUGUUGCACCCUCUCCUUGGAUAUUGCGCUACUCUCUGCCGGACGUAUGAAAGGUGAACUCCUAUCUACUCUAUUGCACUUCACCUGGUCUGAGGUGGCGAAGGCAAGUCUGGCGCAAGAGAUUCUCACUCUGGAGCAUUUUUGCUACUUCACUGACUGACUGAGCCAGUUUUCUACUUGUUUUAAGGAUCACCUCACAUGAGUGUUUAAGUCCAGAGGAGUCACUGCGUAUCAGUCAAGAAAAUGCAUUCAGCCUUUGCCAUCCUCAAGCAAGCAUCUGGGAAUAAGGAAAAGGCUUGCAGAAUGCUUUUUGGCCCCAUGGACCAUGAACAACUGAGAGCGGACUUUAAUGAACUUAUGCAGAAAUCCGACGAGGAAGCAAAAGCUAAAUGGAACUUUGACUUUGCCACUGAAACACCCCUCGAAGGGCAAUAUGAUUGGGUAAAGGUAGAAAACAACACCUUGAAUGGCAGCUCUCCAGAAAGUCAAAAAGAAAACCAGUGCCAAGAUGUAGCCACAGAGAAAUGUAACAUUAUCCCAUCCUCUAAAGUGUUCCAGAAUUGUGAAAGCAGCGAUUCAGGCAAACGAAAACAAAAGCUGAUCACAGAGAAAAUGCAGUCUGCCUUAGCCAUCCCCAAGCAAGCAUCUGGGAAUAAGGAAAAGUCUUGCAGAAUGCUUUUUGGCCCCGUAGACCAUGAACAGCUAAGAGCAGACUUUGAUGAAUUUAUGCAGAAAUCCAACGAGGAAGCAAAAGCUAAAUGGAACUUUGACUUUGCCACUGAAACACCCCUUGAAGGGCAAUAUGAUUGGGUAAAGGUAGAAAACAACACCUUGAAUGGCAGCUCUCAGGAAAGUCAAAAAGAAAACCAGUGCCAAGAUGUAGCCACAGAGAGAUGUAACAUUAGCCCAUCCUCUAAAGCGUUCCAGAAUUGUGAAAGCAGCGAUUCAGGCAAACGAAAACAAAAGCUGAUCACAGAUUUUUAUCCUGUCAAGCGGAGAUGUUCACCCGUGCCCAGCCUCCAUGAUUAAUCACCAUGCUGUUUACAAAGUCCUUCCUUUAGAUAUGAACAAAGUUUCAUUUCUCAGAUUCAAAGUGUAGGAACGUUGGAUUUUCAUGCUCUUAUACAAUACCUGGACUUUUAUGGACAUUGCAUAGACUCCAGAGAACUACAAAACCCUUGUACCUCGCUAUUACUUUAAUAAUUUAAACAGCCUGAGGAAGAGAAGAGCAUUAGAAUUAGAGGCGUGUAAAGGAAAUGUGUUCUCAGUUUCUAGUUAUUGCAAAAUACUUUUUUUAUUUUAAAUAGUAAAACACUGCAUUUUUAUAGAUAUAUGUAUAUAAAUGAAACUUAAGUAAAUUAAUGAAAACGGUUAAUAUUUUGAAGUUUGCAACAGGUUUUCAGAGCAAUAUUCAAAAGUGCACUAAACUUAUAGCACAGUUUUCUGUUUAAAUUCAUUCAUUUGAAAAUUACCAUUUUGCCAUAUGUGCAACUUACUUUGCUUUCUGCACGUAGCAUCAUGCCUUGGAGAUUUUUAAAUGGGACCAUACAAUAGGCCAGCUUAAAUUAAAGUGAGAAAAAAGUUAAUCACGUAAAAAGUCAUGGACGAGAUUCAAUUUGUGAUGCAAUUCAGGUCAGAAAAACAUCUCACGGUUUAUCACGUGAAAACUCUAAAAAGUAUAUGGGAAAAAAAAUGGAACUGAUUUUGGAGAAAAGUUCUUUCUCCUCGAGUUGAAUCUUGUCCAUUACUUUUCACAUAUUAAACCACUUUUUUCUCACUGAAUUGAAUCUGGCCCUAUAUCGAUUAGCCCUCUGGCUGAAUGGGCAGCUAUUAUACAAGUGGUCAUUCACAUGCAUGGCUGUUCCAUUUGGUUAGCUGAACAAGAGAGGAGCUAUGACUCUUUAUUUGGUUUCUUCAUCUAUUGUUGCACCAUAAACUCUGACAUGUUGCAUCAGCAGUUGAAUGAAUCAAUAUGUCCAAACCGCCCGAGCAUAUCUGGGCAUGUAUAGCCAGCUUAAUUGUGCUAACACUGAAAUCUUGAAAAUAUUACCCCCUAGAGGGUGGGUGGACACCAAUGCCACCUGCAGUGAUUACAAGUUUUAUUUUUAUUUUUGCACUUAUAGACAUUCACAUCUGGCGAAAAAUAGCUAUAAACAAAGACAAAAUAGAUGCCAAACACCUUACCAUAUCCUAGAUCAGACCAUUAAGGUACUGCUCCUGUGCCAUGCCAAUAAGAAGGCAUCUAAUUAUAAUGCUCUAGGACAGCAGUUCCCAAAAGGGGUCUGUAGCAAUGGCUGGGGAGCUCUGGUUGAGGGUCAGUUAGGGAAAGAUUUGUACAGAAUUCCUAUUUCUUCUUCAUCUGGAAAUCAAGUCUGAAUGUAAAUUAGAUUUUUUUGAAGGGAACACCUAUAUCAUGUCCUAAAUAUUCUUAAUAAUGGCCGAGUUAAUCAAAGCAGAAGUAUUUGCUUAUCUCUGUAACUUUGUUAUGAGAUAAACUUAAAAUGAUAUAAAAAAAUAGAAUGUGUAAAUCAGCGGGGAACAUCCCAAACGUAUAUUUGGCCAUAUUUUUUUGGACACUCCAGCCCUCACCAGACAUGACUAUAUCUUUACUAGUGUUGUGUUUGACAACUGUAACAUUGAACAUUUUUAGAAGUAUAUGCAGUAAUCAUGUCAAAAACCCUGCACAAUUUAGGUUUCCAGUGAUACAUCCUCUACUAUGUCGGAUAAUCAGCAUUGGAGACAACUUGAGUUUAGAAUGGAGCUAUCUGUGUACAAGUUCUUUUUGGGGCAUGUGCUAAUAUAAGGGAAAGGGAUAUUUUAUUUUAAAAUAUUUUAAUUUAUCUACAGUAUGUGUAUAUGUUAAAUUUGUUGAAUUGUUAUUAUUGUAUUAAUAUAUAAACUUCCCUUUUAUCAAGUUAAAA